AUGCCGUUUAUCUCUAAAGACUGGCGUAGUCCUGGUGAAGAAUGGGUCAAAACAGUCGAGGGCUGGGAGAAGAAAAAAAUUCUCGAGUGUGCCAACAACAAAACUCUGUCAUUAUUAAUACGAACCGAGAAGGAUGGAGACAAAGCCCGCGAGAAGGAAAAAGAAAAAGAGAAAAAAAAAGAAAAUGCCGUCCAACCUCACUGUCACAUCACACUGAAGUGUACACGUGAGAUCGCCGGAUUCAACGGACUGAGUGAUGCACUCAAGAGACUGGACUUUUUGUCAGCGGUCCACGAUUGCCGACGUUUCAACUACAUCGUAAGGCUGUUGGAUUUGCUGGUCAGCCACACAAUGGGUGGUCUUAGUGGAUGUGCUCAACGUGUGCUGUUCAACAUGCUGGAAGAAGUUACUCUGGAGGUUUCUUGUUCACAACAGCAAACAGGAAGACUUCGUAGACUGAUUGAACGUGUUAGAGCCUUCAGUGCUAGCUGCUGCUGGGGCGGACGACCUCUUGGUUCUGUUGUCCUGUGGGAAAAACACAAAGCUGCUUUGGAUAGAAUACUGCAAAUUGCGUCGUCUAUCACAAUCACUCAGCCUGACGAAGAGCAGCAUCCACAAUGGUCAGACCUUCCAGCUGAGUGUCGACGUGAAGUUCUCUUGCGUUUAAGCGACCCAAGGGACAUCGAAGCUUCGUCAGAAGCUUGUGAACAUCUGGCUGCACUCGCUCAAGAACAAAGAAUUUGGCGAGAGCUUGCUCAGUACCACUUCACGCCUCAACAAAUAACUACUACCAUGCAAAAUAACCCAGGAAAAGACUGGAAAACAUUAUUCACUAUUGCACGAAGGUCUUUCGGAUUGCGAGAAGAGUACGCGGAAAUGAUUCAACUGUGUCGGAAUUGCCGCUGCCUCUUUUGGCGUUCACUCGGACAUCCUUGUAUCGCUGAUCAAGAUCCAGCAUUUCAAGAAAAACUUGCUGAUGUCGAUCAAUCAUCUCUUCAUGUUCCAAUACCACCGCAAACUUUUCUCAAGUUUUUCUCUCUGUGA